AGGGGACUUAUGUUUGCCCGAGACCGGUACCUGUGCGGGGUGCUGGGGAGUCCCAAGCUGUUCAGCCUUCUGCGACACAUCCCACGCCUUACCAAGAUCUCUCUAAUCCUUGCAGAAGGCACUUCCUACAUACACGACGUGUCGUUGUCAGCUUCGAUGUCAAUCCUCGCCUUACCUCAGCUGCGCGAAGUAUCCAUAUCAUCCACCUACUCCUCUCCCAGACUGAAUCCUCUUCCUCCGAUGACCACACGAUCUUUGCACCUCUGACCCUGUUCCACCAUGAACGCAGCGUAUCACGGAGGUAUGCUCCUACUGAUGCUGAGAAAGCGAACGUCACUCUGUUUCUCACGAGGCUCUGCGGUUCGCUGAAGGUUCUGACCCUGCCCGCUGAGCUAGUUCCAACUGAGGCUCUGACCCAGUUGGACUGGCCCCGCCUGUGCGAGUUGCGACUACGUGGAGCACAAUGGAAGACACCAUCCAAACCUUACGCUACGCUAUUCUCCGGGAUGCGAGACCUGCGUGUCCUCGUUCUCGAGCUCACCUUGUCCGCGGAUGCCGAGCCGCGACCGAUUGUGGACCAUGACCACGCGGACGAUUGUCCGUGGCCACACUUGGAAGAACUCUCCGUGUCGCAUCCUGUGGCACGCGAUCCCAUCUACGCUCGCCUUCCACAAUGCCUCCAGGUGCUCUCCCUAUCCUGCUGCCCCCAUGCGGCUGAGCGAGCCUUCAACGACCAUAUGCACCGGUACCGUUUCCCCCUACAGACGUCCUCGGAGAUGCUUGCUAUCCUGCGGUGCUGUAGCGCGCGGGACCUCUCAGAGCUGCAUCUGGAGUAUCGAGCUGACGAGAGCGAGAGCACCCUGCUCGGCUUCAUGUCAUCUGCAUUACCGAAGAUUCAAAUACUCCAAAUAUAUCGAUAUAGGGCACCGGACACCGGCGACAUCGCAGUGAGUUUGCUCGGCUACUUUCGUCGCUCGCAGCCCUCCGUGUUCUGAAUGUCUAUCUGGACUUGGAGAACACGCCUCUGCCGAACUUUUCCAUGCCUCCUGCGCAGCGCGGCUAUGAGACACAGUGGGCG